AGGUCCGCGUUUGAGAUCUGGUAAAUGGUCAGGAGCAAAAAUGUUCUGCAGUAAAAAGAAAUUGCUUGAAGUGGAACGGAUUGUAAAAGCCAAUGACCGUGAAUAUAAUGAAAAGUUCCAGUAUGCGGAUAAUCGUAUCCACACAUCCAAGUACAACAUUCUUACCUUCUUGCCAAUUAAUUUAUUUGAACAGUUCCAAAGAGUGGCAAAUGCCUAUUUCCUUUUCCUUCUGAUAUUACAGCUAAUUCCAGAAAUCUCCUCCUUAACCUGGUUUACUACCAUCGUGCCUCUGGUUCUGGUAAUAACUAUGACAGCUGUCAAAGAUGCCACAGAUGACUAUUUCCGCCACAAGAGUGAUAACCAAGUGAAUAAUCGGCAGUCUGAAGUGAUCAUUGACAGCAAACUGCAGAAUGAAAAAUGGAUGAAUGUCAAAGUGGGAGACAUCGUUAAAUUAGAAAAUAACCAAUUUGUUGCUGCUGAUUUGCUGCUUCUAUCAAGUAGUGAGCCACAUGGUCUGUGCUAUAUUGAAACUGCAGAGCUCGAUGGGGAAACAAACCUAAAAGUUCGUCAUGCAUUAUCUGUUACCUCUGAACUUGGAGCAGAUAUUAGCAGACUUGCAAGGUUUGAUGGGAUUGUUGUCUGUGAGGCGCCUAACAACAAAUUAGAUAAAUUUACGGGAGUCCUCUCUUGGAAGGACAGCAAGCACUCCCUCGACAAUCAGAAGAUAAUCCUGAGAGGCUGCAUCCUGAGGAACACCAGCUGGUGUUUUGGAAUGGUUAUUUUUGCAGGUCCCGACACUAAACUAAUGCAGAACAGUGGUAAAACAAAGUUUAAAAGAACAAGCAUUGAUAGAUUGAUGAAUACUCUAGUACUGUGGAUUUUUGGGUUUCUGGUAUGCUUGGGAAUUAUUCUUGCAAUAGGAAAUUCAAUCUGGGAGAAUCAAGUUGGGGGCCAAUUCAGAACUUUCCUAUUUUGGAGCRAAGGAGAGAAGAACUCUGUUUUCUCAGGAUUCUUAACCUUCUGGUCCUACAUUAUUAUUCUCAAUACUGUUGUACCCAUUUCAUUAUAUGUGAGUGUGGAAGUAAUUCGUCUGGGACACAGUUAUUUUAUAAACUGGGACCGGAAGAUGUAUUACUCUGGGAAAGCAACACCUGCUGAAGCUCGGACAACCACACUCAAUGAGGAGCUGGGCCAGAUUGAGUACAUAUUCUCUGACAAAACGGGUACUCUCACUCAAAACAUCAUGACUUUUAAAAAGUGUUCCAUCAAUGGGAAGAUUUAUGGAGAAGUACAUGAUGAUGUGGAGUGUAAGAAAGAAAUAACUAAGAAAAAAGAAUCUGUGGAUUUUUCAGUCAAAUCUCAAGCUAAGAGAACAUUUCAGUUGUUUGACCACAGUCUUAUGGAAUCUAUUAAGCUGGGAGAUCCCCAAGUACAUGAAUUCCUUAGGUUACUUGCUCUCUGCCACACUGUAAUGUCAGAGGAGAAUAACACAGGACAGCUGAUUUACCAAGUGCAAUCACCUGAUGAAGGGGCUCUAGUAACUGCUGCUAGAAAUUUUGGGUUCAUUUUUAAAUCUCGGACCCCAGAGACAAUAACAAUAGAAGAAUUGGGAACACUAGUCACUUAUCAAUUGCUUGCUUUUUUGGAUUUCAACAAUAUCAGAAAAAGAAUGUCUGUCAUAGUUCGAAACCCAGCAGGACAGAUAAAGCUUUAUUCCAAGGGAGCAGAUACUAUUCUCUUCGAAAAACUUCAUCCUUCCAAUGAGGGCCUUCUGUCUUUGACGUCAGACCAUCUCAGUGAGUUUGCAGGGGAAGGCCUUCGAACCUUGGCCAUCGCUUACAGAGAGCUGGAUGACAAGUACUUUCAAGAGUGGCAUAAGAUGCUUGAAGAUGCAAACGCUGCUAUGGAUAAGAGGGACGAACGGAUAUCUGGGCUGUAUGAAGAAAUUGAAAGUGAUUUGAUGCUAUUAGGUGCCACUGCUAUAGAAGAUAAAUUACAAGAAGGUGUUAUUGAAACUGUUACAAGUUUAUCACUGGCCAAUAUUAAGAUCUGGAUUCUCACAGGAGACAAACAAGAAACUGCCAUCAACAUUGGUUAUGCCUGCAACAUGCUGACUGAUGACAUGAAUGACGUGUUUGUGAUAUCAGGAAACACUGCAGUUGAAGUAAGAGAAGAACUCAGGAAAGCAAAGGAAAAUCUGUUUGGACAAAACAGAAGUUUUUCCAAUGGUCAUGUAGUUAGUGAAAACAAGCAGCAGUUGGAGCUGGACUCUGUGGUAGAAGAAACCAUAACAGGAGAUUAUGCCUUAGUCAUAAAUGGCCACAGUUUGGCUCAUGCCCUAGAAAGUGAUGUCAAGAAAGAUCUCUUAGAGCUUGCCUGCCUGUGUAAGACUGUGGUUUGCUGCAGAGUUACCCCACUCCAGAAAGCUCAAGUAGUUGAGCUGGUGAAAAAACACAGAAAUGCUGUCACUUUGGCCAUCGGUGAUGGAGCCAAUGAUGUCAGCAUGAUUAAAAGUGCUCACAUUGGCAUUGGCAUCAGUGGCCAGGAAGGACUGCAAGCAGUCUUAGCCAGUGACUAUUCAUUUGCACAGUUUAGAUAUCUCCAAAGGCUUCUCCUUGUUCAUGGAAGGUGGUCCUAUUUCCGAAUGUGCAAAUUCUUGUGCUAUUUCUUCUACAAGAAUUUUGCAUUUACACUUGUGCACUUCUGGUUUGGAUUCUUCUGUGGUUUCUCAGCCCAGACCGUUUAUGAUCAGUGGUUCAUCACUCUUUUUAACAUUGUCUACACAUCAUUACCUGUUUUAGCAAUGGGGAUUUUUGACCAGGAUGUGAGUGACCAGAACAGCAUGGACUGUCCCCAGCUCUAUGAACCUGGACAACUGAAUCUACUUUUCAACAAGCGUAAAUUUUUCAUUUGCGUGGCACAUGGAAUCUACACCUCAUUAGUCCUUUUCUUCAUCCCCUUUGGGGCCUUUUACAACAUGGUUGGAGAAGAUGGGCAACAUGUUGCUGACUACCAGUCCUUUGCAGUUACCAUGGCCACAUCUUUGGUCAUUGUGGUCAGUGUGCAGAUAGCCUUGGAUACCAGUUACUGGACUGUCAUUAAUCAUGUCUUCAUCUGGGGCAGCAUUGCUACUUAUUUCUCUAUUUUGUUUGCAAUGCACAGUAAUGGCAUCUAUGAAGUCUUCCCAAACCAGUUUCCAUUUGUUGGAAACGCAUGGCAUUCCCUAAACCAGAAGUGCAUUUGGCUUACUAUUCUCUUAACAACAGUGGCCUCAGUCAUACCCGUGGUGACAUUCAGAUUUUUGAAGAUGCAUUUAUACCCAUCACUGAGUGAUCAGAUCCGCUGGUGGCAGAAGGCUCAAAAAAAGGCAAAGCCCACAAGCAGACGAAGGCCUCAGACCCGCAGGUCAAGCUCAAGAAGAUCUGGAUAUAGUUUUGCUCACCAAGAAGGUUAUGGAGAGCUUAUCACAUCUGGAAAAAAUAUGCGAGUUAAAAAUCCACCCCCAACCUCAGGGUUGGAAAAGACACUUUAUAAUAGCACUAGCUGGAUUGAAAAUUUAUGCAAGAAAACCACAGACACAGUGAACAGCUUUAGUCAGGAUAAAGCAGUGAAACUGUGAAUCAAGAUGAAUUUGAACACAUAGUUAUCUUUUCACAUCAACUGGAGUUGAAAUCCAGCUGCUCAGGGGCGAGGAGUGGGGCAAAUUGCCUUACUUCACUUGAAUCUAUGGCAGACAGCUGUCAAAGCAUCUCAAAGAGGGGUGUGGUCUACAGAAAGCCAGGCCUGAUGUCCAGUUUGUGAUUUGGUAGACCAAAGCCUUAUUAUACAGCCACAGAUUUUUAUCAACCCAGAGGCCAAUUGACCCAAACUUUAGAAUGCUAUUUAUGGAAAGAAAUGCAUAAAUCUGCAUAAACACUGAAAGGAUCAUCAGGUGGAUAAAAGGGUACAUUUUAAAGGUACAUAUCAGAGGUGAAGUCACAGUUGUUAGACAAACCAUGUAUGUAAAGGGCAGCCUUUUUCCAGAUAUUCUUCCAAGAUUUAAAUGCAUACUAUGGUGCUUUCAGACUAAGAGUCAUGUGUUACUCACUAGUCUUAAUACUACCUGUCUGUUCAGCCAGGUCAGCAAUUCACUUACAUGCUGAAGAAUAGAAAAGGCUGUUUUACCAGUCAAGGGACAAAAUAAACUGUAUAUCUUUGCAGCAGUGCAGGCUGAUAAUUUAGUCAAAUUUACUAAAAAAAACUCCUGGACUAUGUUUUGUAGGGAUAUGCUAAUGAAAAGUCAAAAAGUGGUUCUUCAGUAAUAUUCUGAAUAUGUUUCAGGGAGUUUUAUUUCAACCUUGGAAGUAAUUUUCUGAUCAUCAUCCAGAACAAUGGAAUCAGCAAGCAUUGGGAGUUUACACUUGAUCUCAAUCUAUCACAUUUAUAAUAUCAGUAUAUAAAUAUAUGUAUAUAGAUAAGGUUGAUAAUUUUGGAGAUGUUCCAGCCCAAUUUUUAAUCCACAUAUGAGUCAUCAGUGUGUUUACUGUAAAAGACUUCAGGCAGAUUUCUGUUCAAAUUUUAGCUGUAUCACUUCUUACCUCUAUAACCUGGGCAGGUAACAGUGCCUUUCCUUAGACUAAAUUUCU